AUGCUCCGCCGUCGCCUGGGCAAAGACGAGGACCACGACGACGAGAUCCGGCCUGCCUCCGACUCGUCGUCCCCCAACCACUCCAACAAGUCCGGUGCCGACUCGCUGGCGCCUGCUGCGUCUGCCCGUCCUGUUCAAUCCAAACGAUCCGAGUCCUUUAUUCACAAGCCGCGCAGUAAACGGCGCAAUGGCUUGAUCUUCGCUUUAGGCGGCCUCUUCGGGGUCUUAAUCGCCGUGCUGUUCGCCAACCAGCAGGAUGUGAUCAGUCUGGACAGUCUGAUGGACUUCAACAUCGAGUCCUUGAUGGAUGUCAUGCCGCAUGGAUUCUUAAACGAUGCGAGGGAAUUCACGCAACAUGAGCGCGACACAGUGAACUACGACCCGUUCGCCGUCGGACUACAUCUGCAAGCGCAAGGUUUCCAAGCGAAACAUCCGAUGGUCAUGAUCCCUGGCGUGAUCUCGACCGGGUUAGAAAGUUGGGGCACCGAGCCGGCGUCCCGGCAGUACUUCCGCAAGCGACUCUGGGGCAGUUGGAGCAUGAUGCGGGCUCUAGUGCUUGACAAGGCGGGAUGGAAGAACCAUGUCAUGCUGGACAAGGAGACGGGGCUCGACCCCCCGGGGAUCAAAUUGCGGGCGGCGCAGGGCUUCGAUGCCACGGAUUUCUUCAUCACGGGCUACUGGAUCUGGAACAAGAUCCUCGAGAACCUCGCGACCAUCGGCUACGAUCCCACCAACGCCUUCACAGCGGCCUAUGACUGGCGGCUGUCGUACCCGAACAUGGAGGUCCGCGACCAGUACUUCAGCCGCCUGAAGUCGUACAUCGAGACCGCCGUACAGGUCAAGGGCGAGAAGGUCACCCUCGCCUCCCACAGUAUGGGCUCGCAGGUCGUGCUCUACUUCUUCAAAUGGGUGGAGAACCCUGAGCACGGCAAGGGCGGAUCGGACUGGGUCAACCGGCACGUCGCCAACUGGAUCAACAUCAGCGGCUGCAUGCUCGGCGCCGUCAAGGGACUUACGGCCGUGCUGUCCGGCGAGAUGCGCGACACCGCGCAGCUGAACGCCUUCGCCGUCUACGGGCUGGAGAAGUUCCUGUCGAAGGAGGAGCGCGCCGAGAUCUUCCGCGCCAUGCCGGGCAUCUCCAGCAUGCUGCCCAAGGGCGGCGAAGCCGUCUGGGGCAACUCGACCUGGGCGCCCGACGACCAGCCGUUCCAGAACCUGACCUUCGGCAACCUGCUCAAUUUCCGCGAGAGCGGCACCAGCCGCAUCAUCAAGAACAUGACCAUCACCGAGAGUCUGAAUUACCUCCUCGACGAGGGCGAGGACUGGUACCGGCACCAGGUGCUGGCCAGCUACUCGCACGGGGUCGCCCACACGGCGCGCGAGGUCGAGGCCAACGAGCACAACCCGCGCACCUGGCUGAACCCGCUCGAGGCCCGCCUGCCGCUCGCCCCGGACAUGAAGAUCUACUGCUUCUACGGCGUCGGCAAACCCACCGAGCGCAGCUACUUCUACCAGGAGGAGCGCGACCCCCUCGUCAACCUUAACGUCAGCAUUGACACCACCGUCACCAACAACGACGGCGUCGACCACGGCGUCCACAUGGGCGAGGGCGACGGCACCGUCAACUUGCUGAGUACGGGCUACAUGUGCGCCAAGGGCUGGCAUAUCAAACGCUACAACCCCGCCGGCGUCAAGAUCAAGGUCUUCGAGAUGCCCCAUGAGCCCGACCGUUUCUCGCCCAGAGGCGGGCCUAAUACUGGAGACCACGUCGACAUCCUCGGGCGCGCCUCGCUCAACGAUCUGAUCCUCCGCGUCGCCAGCGGCCAAGGCGACCACAUCGAAGAAACCUUCGUCUCUCGAAUCCGGGAAUACGCCGACCGAGUCCAAAUCUUUGAUGACGAAUGAAGAACAACAACACCUAACCCCCACAAGAAAAAGAAAUAGACUCCACUUUAUGUCCUUGAUGCCGUAUAUGCUACCGUUUACCUCUCUCUCUCUCUCUCUCUCUCUCUCUCUUCCUCUUUUCGCUAUUCUAUAGAAAGAACAAGAGAAGAAAUAAAGCCUCAUGAUUGAAAGAGAU